CAGUAAUAGUCAUGAAUGUGACAUUAUAGUGAAUGGACUCCAUUCAAAUAAAGAAACAAAGUGAAUUGUCUUUAUUUUCCAACAUGUGAUGACAUGACAUGAUAACUGUGUUUGACAUGAAGCUGAAUACAGUAUAUGUAGUGAACUUUGUGCUGUAUUGAUGAGUAGUUUAGUGAUCAGAGUCCAUGUAGUUUCCAGGAUCACACUGAAUGCAGUGCAGUGCUGUAAGCUGCUGUUGACUGUGUCAAUGUGUGUCUGUGCUGCUUGUUGCUGCUGUCAAACUUCAGAUGAGCAGGUAGUGAAGCCCGUGGUGAGCGUGUACCCAGCAGCAUCCAGAGCCCACCUGGAGGGGAAGAGCUCCCUGCUGUGUCUGGCCUCAGCCAUGUUUCCUCCUCUGGUCAAGUUCUCCUGGAAAAGACAAAAGGAGGACGGUCCUCUGGAGGAGGUGCACCGUGAUGUGGGAGAGCAGCUGGAGCUCAGAGAGUCGGGACGCACCGCCUCCAUCUUACUGGUCCAUGGGCACGAGAGCAGCACAUAUAAAUACCGCUGCUCCGUCCAGCACGAGGGGGGCACAGUGAAGGCCCAAACAGAACAAGAGGUUCCAGCUCCUCCACCAACAGCUUCUGCUCCGUCUCAGUACAGGGUGAAGCUGUUGUGUCUGCUGUACACAGUGCUGAUAGUGAAGAGUCUGGUGUACUGCUGUGGACUCUCUCUGCUGAUGAUCCUCAGAAACAAGGGACCGUCCACCAACUGCACACAUGCUGACUGACUGUUUUCUGCUCGCCUUUUCUCACCAUCAAAUCUCAUCAAUUCAACUCAUUGAUCACUUUGAUCAGCAGUCAGAAAUGUUGAAUUGUGACGUCUUGUUGUUGCUUGUUUAAUGUAUCUUUUGAUGCACAGCUUAGCUACAGUCCUGCUAACAAUAUAAAUACAUAUAUACACAUAUAUAUUUGCAGUUCAAUUCUGUGCUGUAGUGUUAUUUUGAUCCUCUAGUUUCUUUCCACUUUUAAUUGUGACUUGUAUACUCAUAGAAAAUGAAGGUUCAGUGCUGACCCCCCUUUCUAAUUGUGUCAGUGUGGAUGUAAAUCUCUACGCUGAUGACACUGUUGUUUACACACAGCGAGCUGCUCUGAAGCUACAACUGCUAUAAAAUGAUGACACAGCGGCUCCAUCAGUCGGGCUGAACUUUGAAUGUGGCCAAAAUGAUGGCUGUGUUUAUUUUUGAUCAACCAAUAAAAUGACACUUGACUAUUACAGCUUCAUCCAGAUGAAAUGGAUUGGUAUAGUUACUGAUUAUACGUGAAUUCAUAUUUAUGUGACACAUUUCAAGACAGAGUCACAAAAUGCUUCACAGAGAAAAACUAAAGUUACUGCAGAAAUAUAUUUUCAUAAAGUUCUAUAUGACAUCAUUUCCAGUCAGAUUUGAAACCUGUUCAAAAUGAACAGAUGGAUUAGAAAUUGUCUUUGUAUUGAUGUUGUUCAAAAUGUCUGCACGCUCUGAUCCUUUCCCACAUGUCCUAAUAUGUUGUAUUAUGUUACAAGUUGGGGUCAGGCUGGAGAAACUGUCAUUAAACUGUCACCUUUACAGAAUCAAUAAAACUGUUUUUUUGUCUUUAACCACA